AUGAAAAAAAGCCUCAAGAACAAAGCUUCGCGGUUCUUCAGAGAUGGACCCAGCCAAGACGAGAAGGCUGCAAUCGCAAGCGCGGCUGACGACAACGGCGGCUUCGACUUUGACUUUGGCUUCGACGCUGGCAUUCAAGACCAGAAUGCCAAAAGCAAGGGUGAGUUCUUUUUCCUCUACGAGGAUGACAAGUUUGACAUGUCACCGGCUGGGUCGCCUGGGAGCGACGCAGCUGUAAGCGUCCCGAGUGGACGAGAGACGUUUCACGAUCAUUAUGCUGAUACUACUUCUUUUGAAGACAAUACUGUGGGGGCUUUUGCCUUACCCACAGCUCCUCUGGAUCCCGUGAGGAGCAGCAAACCGGCACUGAACCUGCCAGAGGUAGAGCCAGAAAAGAGCAAGUCACGCUCUAGCCUGACAGCUCUUAAGCUCAAGAGCUCGCGGUUCUUCCGCAACACCAACUACGGGUCGCAGUCACCUCCGCGCCCACUAUCACCCCAGAUCUCUGUCUCACCAACUCCAACAGAGCCAGAGCUGCCUCGACCCAUUCCCGCCCCUGUUCCCACCCCCCGCGGCUCUCGCUCCUCCUUCAUUACCACCUCCAAAGGCCGCACCAUCUCCAUCUCGCGCCCAAUGGCUCUCCAACAACCCCCCCACUCACCUCUCCCCAAACACCCUGCCACAGUGCCCUUCACCAAGCCCAAGGGCCCUCCUCCCCCUCGCCCUCCCCGCCCCACCAGCAUCGACCAAGAGACCCUAGCCUUUAUGCGCGACGCCACCACCCGCAUGGCCCUCCCCUUCAGCCCCCGCGCAAGCACCAGCACCGCCUCCUCAACCUCCCCUCGCACCAGCACCAUCAGCUGCAUCAACUCGCGCCUCGGCCUCCCAGACGGCUACGGCACGCCGCGCAAGAACACACUCGAGUCCCCGCUCGCCGCCCAAGUCCCCGCCGACCCACUGAAGCCCCUGCCCGUUCGUGACAGCGACGGCAGCGUCAAGUUUAGCCGCUUCAGCGAGUUCAUCAAGGCGGAGCGGGAGGGGUAUGCUGAUGCUGGCGCUGGCGAUGGAGGCCCGAUUGAGCAGUACGACGAGGGCAGGGAGGGAGACUGGACGCUUGUUAAGAGGACGGUACAGGGUCCGGGGGAUCAGCCGGUUGAUGCCAAGGAUGAGGAUGAGUUGACGACGACGACUACGAUGAUUAUGAGAGCUAUGAAGAUGAAGACGAUGAUGAUUGACGACCAUAACCAGCACUACCAGAUGGAACAAUGA